AGACGGGAGUUUCUCCUCGGGGUUGGAGCAGGAGGCACGCGGAGUGUGAGGCCACGCAUGAGCGGACGCUAACCCCCACCCCAGCCGCAAAGAGUCUACAUGUCUAGGGUCUAGACAUGUUCAGCUUUGUGGACCUCCGGCUCCUGCUCCUCUUAGCGGCCACCGCCCUCCUGACUCACGGCCAAGAGGAGGGCCAAGAAGAAGACAUCCCACCAGUCACCUGCGUACAGAACGGCCUCAGGUACUAUGACCGAGACGUAUGGAAACCCGAGGCCUGCCGGAUCUGUGUCUGCGACAACGGCAACGUGUUGUGCGAUGACGUGAUCUGCGACGAAACCAAGAACUGUCCCGGCGCCCAAGUCCCCCCGGGCGAGUGUUGCCCCGUCUGCCCCGACGGCGAGGCGUCACCUACGGACCAAGAAACCGCAGGAGUCGAGGGACCCAAGGGAGACACUGGCCCCCGAGGUCCAAGGGGACCUGCCGGCCCCCCUGGCCGAGAUGGCAUCCCCGGACAGCCUGGACUUCCCGGACCCCCCGGACCUCCCGGACCCCCCGGACCCCCUGGCCUCGGAGGAAACUUUGCUCCCCAGAUGUCUUAUGGCUAUGAUGAGAAAUCAACUGGAGGAAUCUCCGUGCCUGGCCCCAUGGGUCCUUCUGGUCCUCGUGGUCUCCCUGGCCCCCCUGGUGCACCUGGUCCCCAAGGUUUCCAAGGCCCCCCUGGUGAGCCCGGCGAGCCUGGAGCCUCAGGUCCCAUGGGUCCCCGCGGUCCCCCUGGUCCCCCUGGCAAGAACGGAGAUGAUGGUGAAGCUGGAAAGCCUGGUCGUCCUGGUGAGCGUGGCCCUCCUGGACCUCAGGGUGCUCGUGGAUUGCCUGGAACAGCUGGCCUUCCUGGAAUGAAGGGACACAGAGGUUUCAGUGGUUUAGAUGGUGCCAAGGGAGAUGCUGGUCCUGCUGGUCCCAAGGGCGAGCCUGGUAGUCCUGGUGAAAAUGGAGCUCCUGGUCAGAUGGGCCCCCGUGGUCUGCCUGGUGAGAGAGGUCGCCCUGGAGCCCCCGGUCCUGCUGGUGCUCGUGGAAACGAUGGUGCUACUGGGGCUGCUGGACCCCCCGGUCCCACUGGCCCCGCUGGUCCUCCUGGCUUCCCUGGUGCUGUUGGUGCUAAGGGUGAAGCUGGUCCCCAAGGAGCCCGAGGCUCUGAGGGUCCCCAGGGUGUGCGUGGUGAGCCUGGCCCCCCUGGGCCUGCUGGUGCUGCUGGUCCUGCUGGAAACCCUGGUGCUGACGGACAGCCUGGUGCUAAAGGUGCUAACGGCGCUCCUGGCAUUGCUGGUGCUCCCGGCUUCCCCGGUGCCCGAGGCCCCUCUGGACCCCAGGGCCCCAGCGGUCCUCCUGGUCCCAAGGGUAACAGCGGUGAACCUGGUGCUCCCGGCAACAAAGGAGAUACUGGCGCCAAGGGAGAGCCCGGACCCACUGGUAUUCAAGGACCCCCUGGCCCCGCUGGGGAAGAAGGAAAGAGAGGAGCCCGAGGUGAACCUGGACCCACUGGCCUGCCUGGACCCCCUGGCGAGCGUGGUGGACCUGGUAGCCGCGGUUUCCCCGGUGCAGAUGGUGUUGCUGGUCCCAAGGGUCCUGCUGGUGAACGUGGUUCCCCCGGCCCCGCUGGCCCCAAAGGUUCUCCUGGUGAAGCUGGUCGCCCUGGUGAAGCUGGUCUGCCCGGUGCCAAGGGUCUGACUGGAAGUCCCGGCAGCCCCGGUCCCGACGGCAAAACCGGCCCCCCUGGUCCUGCUGGUCAAGAUGGUCGCCCCGGACCCCCAGGCCCCCCUGGUGCCCGUGGUCAGGCUGGCGUGAUGGGCUUCCCUGGGCCUAAAGGUGCUGCUGGAGAGCCCGGCAAGGCUGGAGAGCGAGGCGUGCCUGGUCCCCCUGGUGCUGUUGGUCCUGCUGGCAAAGAUGGAGAAGCCGGAGCUCAGGGAGCCCCUGGCCCUGCUGGCCCCGCUGGUGAGAGAGGUGAACAAGGUCCCGCUGGCUCCCCUGGAUUCCAGGGUCUCCCUGGCCCCGCUGGUCCUCCUGGGGAAGCUGGCAAACCCGGCGAACAGGGUGUUCCUGGCGAUCUUGGUGCCCCCGGCCCCUCUGGAGCACGAGGCGAGAGAGGUUUCCCCGGUGAACGUGGCGUGCAAGGACCCCCCGGCCCCGCAGGUCCCCGGGGAGCCAAUGGUGCCCCUGGCAAUGACGGUGCUAAGGGUGAUGCUGGUGCCCCUGGAGCCCCAGGUAGCCAGGGCGCUCCUGGCCUUCAGGGAAUGCCUGGUGAACGAGGUGCAGCUGGUCUUCCUGGUCCUAAGGGUGACAGAGGUGAUGCUGGUCCCAAAGGUGCUGACGGUUCUCCCGGCAAAGAUGGUGUCCGUGGUCUGACUGGCCCCAUUGGUCCUCCUGGCCCCGCUGGUGCCCCUGGUGACAAGGGUGAAGCAGGUCCUAGUGGCCCUGCUGGUCCCACUGGAGCUCGUGGCGCCCCCGGAGACCGCGGUGAGCCUGGUCCCCCUGGCCCUGCUGGCUUCGCUGGCCCCCCUGGUGCUGAUGGCCAACCUGGUGCUAAAGGCGAACCCGGUGAUGCUGGUGCUAAAGGCGACGCCGGUCCCCCAGGCCCGGCUGGCCCCACUGGCCCCCCUGGCCCCAUUGGUAACGUUGGUGCUCCUGGACCCAAAGGUGCUCGCGGCAGUGCUGGUCCCCCUGGUGCUACCGGUUUCCCUGGUGCUGCUGGCCGAGUCGGUCCCCCCGGCCCCUCUGGAAAUGCUGGACCCCCUGGCCCUCCCGGCCCCGCUGGCAAAGAAGGCGGCAAAGGUCCCCGUGGUGAGACUGGCCCCGCUGGACGUCCCGGUGAAGUUGGGCCCCCCGGUCCCCCCGGCCCUGCUGGAGAGAAAGGAUCCCCUGGUGCCGACGGACCAGCUGGUGCUCCUGGCACUCCCGGACCUCAAGGCAUCGCUGGACAGCGUGGUGUGGUCGGCCUGCCCGGUCAGCGAGGAGAGAGAGGCUUCCCCGGUCUCCCCGGCCCCUCUGGUGAACCUGGCAAACAAGGUCCUUCUGGAGCCAGUGGUGAACGUGGCCCCCCUGGACCCAUGGGCCCCCCUGGAUUGGCUGGACCCCCUGGCGAGUCUGGACGCGAGGGAUCUCCUGGUGCUGAAGGCUCCCCUGGACGAGAUGGUUCUCCUGGCCCCAAGGGUGACCGUGGUGAGACCGGCCCUGCUGGACCCCCCGGUGCUCCCGGUGCUCCUGGUGCCCCCGGCCCCGUCGGCCCUGCUGGCAAGAACGGCGACCGCGGUGAGACUGGUCCUGCUGGUCCUGCUGGUCCCAUCGGCCCUGUUGGAGCUCGUGGUCCCACUGGACCCCAAGGUCCCCGUGGUGACAAGGGUGAGACAGGCGAACAGGGUGACAGAGGCAUAAAGGGUCACCGUGGCUUCUCUGGUCUCCAGGGUCCUCCUGGUCCUCCCGGCUCUCCUGGUGAACAAGGUCCUUCUGGAGCUUCUGGUCCUGCUGGUCCCCGAGGUCCCCCUGGCUCUGCCGGCUCUCCUGGCAAAGACGGACUCAACGGUCUCCCAGGCCCCAUCGGCCCCCCUGGUCCUCGCGGUCGCACUGGUGAUGCCGGUCCUGUUGGCCCUCCCGGCCCUCCUGGACCCCCUGGUCCCCCUGGUCCUCCCAGCGGCGGUUUCGACUUCAGCUUCCUGCCCCAGCCACCUCAAGAGAAGGCUCACGAUGGCGGCCGCUACUAUCGGGCUGAUGACGCCAAUGUGGUCCGUGACCGUGACCUCGAGGUGGACACCACCCUCAAGAGCCUGAGCCAGCAGAUCGAGAACAUCCGGAGCCCUGAAGGAAGCCGCAAGAACCCAGCCCGCACCUGCCGUGACCUCAAGAUGUGCCACUCUGACUGGAAGAGCGGAGAAUACUGGAUUGACCCCAACCAAGGAUGCAACCUUGAUGCCAUCAAGGUCUUCUGCAACAUGGAGACAGGUGAGACCUGCGUGUACCCCACUCAGCCCCAGGUGGCCCAGAAGAACUGGUACAUCAGCAAGAACCCCAAGGAAAAGAGGCAUGUCUGGUAUGGCGAGAGCAUGACCGACGGAUUCCAGUUCGAGUAUGGUGGCCAGGGCUCCGAUCCUGCCGAUGUGGCCAUCCAGCUGACGUUCCUGCGCCUGAUGUCCACCGAGGCUUCCCAGAACAUCACCUACCACUGCAAGAACAGCGUGGCCUACAUGGACCAGCAGACCGGCAACCUCAAGAAGGCCCUGCUCCUCCAGGGCUCCAACGAGAUCGAGAUCAGGGCCGAGGGCAACAGCCGCUUCACCUACAGCGUCACCUACGACGGUUGCACGAGUCACACCGGAGCCUGGGGCAAGACAGUGAUCGAAUACAAAACCACCAAGACCUCCCGCUUGCCCGUCAUCGAUGUGGCACCAUUGGACGUUGGCGCCCCAGACCAGGAAUUCGGCAUGGAUAUUGGCCCUGUCUGCUUCCUGUAAACUCCCUCCCACCCAACCUGGCUCCCUCCCACCCAACCCACUCACCCCUGACCCUGGAAACAGACAAACAACCCAAACUGAACCCCCCAAAAAGCCAAAAAACGGGAGACAAUUUCACAUGGACUUUGGAAAAUAUUUUUUUCCUUUGCAUUCAUCUCUCAAACUUAGUUUUUAUCUUUGACCAACUGAACAUGACCAAAAACCAAAAGCGCAUUCAACCUUAACCAAAAAAAAAAAAAGAAUAAAUAAAUAACUUUUUAAAAAAAGGAAGCUUGGUCCACUUGCUUGAAGACCCAUAUGGGGGUAAGUCCUUUUCUGCCCAUUGGGCUUAUCAUACCCCAACACUGCCCUUUCUGCUCCUUUCUCCAUCCCUCCUUGGGGCCUCCCCUUCACUGCUCCCCAAGUCUAAGUCUCCCCGAAAGACACAGGAAACAAUGCAUUGUCUGCCCAGCAACCAAAGGCAAUGCUAAAACACCCAAGUGACCCCCACACUCCCAGCCCACUCCCCUCACCCAGCACCCCCAAGCCCUGGGGGGAACUUGAGGUUCUCACACUGCCAAAGAAGCCUCACCAUCUGGCCUCCCCGUGGCUCCUGCUACAAUCCACUCUUCGUGUUCGAGGGGGCGUGCUGGGGGACCCACGGGCCCCUCGCUGCCUGCCGGGUUUGGAGGAAAGUCAGGAGGGGCCACGACAAAGCGGAAGGAAACAUCGGAUUCAUUCAGGGACACGUGUCAAUCCCCCGUGCGACAGGGCUGGGUGGGAGAGACUGCUCUGUUCCUUGUGUAAUUGUGUUGCUGAAGGACUACCUCUUCUUGUCUCCGUGUGUCACCGGGACAACUGCAUGGGGGCGGGAGUGAGGGCGGGGCGGAAGGGGCUCCCCAUUUUAUAUCAAAGGUGCUACAUCUCUGUGACGGGGUGGGGCGGGGAAAGUAUUCACUGGUGCUAGGGAAGUCAAGGCCCCCCACCCCCAAGCCAGCAAAUGUUCCUUUUUUGUUCAAAGUCUUUUUUUAUUCUUUGGUUGAUUUUUGUUUUUUUUUUUUUUUUUCCUUGCGGAUGGGGACUUGUGAAUUUUCUAAAGGUGCUACUUAACUUGGGGGGAGAGAGUGUCGCAGCUCAGCUCGGUGCUCCCUUCCCCCCCCUCUCCGCCCCCCUGGCCGCCUCUCUCUCCACCUCUCUCUCUCUGAAACCCGCUCCUCAGCGGCUCCCCAUCCUCUCGGCCUCUCUGUCCUGUGUCCUCUCUCUGGGUUUCAGAGCACAACUUCCCAAAGCACAAAGCAGUUUUUCCCCCAAGGGGUGGGAGGAAGCAAGACUCUGUACCUAUUUUGUAUGUGUAUAAUAAUUUGAGAUGUUUUUAAUUAUUUUGAUUGCUGGAAUAAAGCAUGUGGAAAUGA